CCCUUAUGUUCUCUGAGGCGGGACAUCGUAGGUAGCAUAAAUGAGUCUGCGUGAGCGUGGCCCCAGUUAUAUAGUCAUUUCAGUUUCUGUUUUUACUCUGUUCAGUUAUGGAGAUGACACAGCAUAGGACACUGUUGCUUUGCAUUGUGUUGUACGUAUCAGCCUCUGGAGCCCAAUACACACCAGACUGGAAGAGCCUAGACGCCAGACCGCUUCCAAAUUGGUACGACGAGGCCAAGUUCGGGAUUUUCAUUCACUGGGGUGUAUUUUCUGUACCUGCGUUCGGCAAGUACAGUGAGUGGUUCUGGUGGUACUGGCAGGGCACCAAGGAUCAAGCACGUGUUUUGUUUAUGGAUAAGAACUAUCCUCCCGGAUUCAGAUAUGCGGAAUUUGCACCUAUGUUUAAUGCACAGUUCUUUGAUCCAGACGGUUGGGCUGAAAUACUUGAAGCCUCAGGAGCAAAGUAUGUUGUGUUCACUUCGAAACAUCAUGAAGGAUUCACUAAUUGGAGAUCUCCAACUUCAUGGAAUUGGAAUUCUGUUGAUAACGGGCCGCACAGAGACAUCGUCGGGGACUUGGCCACGGCCAUUCAAAAUAAAAGUUCUAUACACUUUGGACUCUACCAUUCUUUGUAUGAAUGGUUCAAUCCUGUCUACCUAAAUGACAAGAAAUCUGGCUUCAAGACCCAAGACUUUGUUUAUUUCAAAGCCAUGCCAGAAUUAUAUGACCUGGUCACAAGGUACAAGCCAGAACUGAUAUGGUCAGAUGGGGAUUGGGAAGCCCCGGACACUUACUGGAACUCCACACAAUUCUUAGCUUGGCUCUACAAUGACAGUCCAGUGAAGGAUACAGUUGUGGUCAAUGAUAGAUGGGGAGCUGGGUGCUACUGUAAACAUGGUGGUUAUUACAACUGUGCGGACAAAUAUACUCCAUCGGAGUUGCUCAAUCACAAAUGGGAGAAAUGUAAUUCAGUGGACACCCUCUCCUGGGGUUACCGUAGGAACAUGAGACUCAGUGACUUGAUGGAUUUACCCACCAUUAUAAAGGACUUUGUCAACACAGUGGCUUUUGGGGGAAACUAUCUUCUGAAUAUUGGGCCUACAGCAGAUGGAAUGAUUCCAGAUGUGUUUGAGGAACGUCUCAGAGAGAUUGGUGCCUGGUUGAAGGUAAACGGAGAGGCCAUCUAUGCCACUAAACCAUGGAGGGUUCAGACUGAGAAUGGUACUGUGCCAGUAUGGUACACUUCCAAAAACACUACUGUGUAUGCCAUCUUUCUCUCAAAUCCAAUGCAGGACUCAUUCCAGCUCUUUUCUCCCAUAACAUCUGAGAAAACUGUGGUGACCCUGUUGGGGAGUCCUCAGGCUCUAAAGUGGACUCCUCUGCAUUCAUCUGGACUCACUGUGCUUCUACCAGACCUGCCUGUCACUCCUGCAGGAGCCUGGUCCCUUAAACUGGAUGGAGUGGCUUAACAGUGGAAAUGUCUGAUGUCUGAUGUGAAAACACUGAUGUAGAUGUUGGAUAGUAGACUCUGUAGAUGCAGUUGAAGACAAUUACAUUUUUUAGAUGAUAUUUGAAAAGCAGCUACUUUACUUAAAUGGUGAUGAUGAAUGGUGAUGAAGGUUUUAUGGAUCAUCAGGGAUUUUCUUAUUAUUUUUAUUUAGAAUUAUAAAUAUUUUAAUGCAAACAAAUCACUAAAUGACAUUAUCCUAAAUAAAUUCCUUUCUUACUUUUCUUUAGAGAGACUGGUUUACUUGAUUUUUGUAUUUUAUUUUGCCUCAAGUGAAGCCCAUAUAUGUAGACUGAAAUGU